AUGGGAGCUUCACUAGACGAAUUAGCCUCAAUUUUAGACACAUCGGAAAAGAAAAUUUUAAAACGAGAAUUUAGUCAUUUAGAUGAUGAUACAUUCAAUUUGUUAACUUGUAAAGGAGUAUUUUGUUACGAUUAUAUCGAUAGCGUGGAAAAAUUAUAUGAAACUUCUUUACCCAACAUUAGACAUUUUUAUAAUAAGCUAAAUAAUGAAUAUAUUAGUGAAGAGAAGUAUGCUCAUGCGCAGAAUGUUUGGAAUAAAUUUAAUUGUAAAAAUUUGGGUGAAUACAGCGAUUUGUAUUUGAAAACAGAUAUUCUGCUGCUGGCUGAUGUGUUUGAGCAGUUUCGACAAAAAUGUCGAGACACGUAUAAACUAGAUCCUGCUUGGUAUUAUACCAUGCCAGGAUACACGUGGGAUUGUAUGCUGAGAUACACAAAAUGUAAAUUAGAAUUGCUAAAAGAUGUGGAUAUGAUUUUGUUCAUGGAAAAAGCCAUAAGAGGCGGAAUAUCUGUUUGCAGCAACAGAUAUUCAGAGGCCAACAACAAAUACAUGUCGACGUAUGACCCCACACGGCCCUCUAAAUACAUCAUGUAUUUAGACGUGAAUAAUCUGUAUGGCUGGGCCAUGAGUGAGGCUUUACCAAUAGGAGGAUUCAAAUGGAUUGAAGAUGGCAUCAAAUUUGGUGUUGCAUCAAAAUCCACUAAUCUUCCCGAAGGCCAUAUUGUUAUUAUGUCAAUACCGAAUGAUGCGAAAGAGGGCUAUUUUUUCCAAGUUGACUUGGAGUAUCCACGCGAAUUGCAUGAUAAACACAAAGAUUUUCCAUUUGCUGCCGAACACCGCAUUCCGCCCGGUUCAAAAUUGCCAAAGUUAAUACCGACCUUAUAUCACAAAACAAAAUAUAUUAUUCAUUAUAGAAAUCUUAAACAGGCGUUAGCGAACGGGUUAAUUUUAACAAAGAUACACAGAGUGUUGAAAUUUAAUCAAUCUGCGUGGCUGCGACCAGAUAUUGAGUUAAAUACCAACUUACGAACAGCAGCCACAAGUAGCUUCGAAAAAAAUCUCUUUAAAUUAAUGAAUAAUGCUGUGUUCGGUAAGACAAUGGAGAACAUAAGACGUCAUCGUAUCGUAAAAUUAUGUAAAAAAUGGCAUGGAAGGUACGGAGCUAAAAAUUUGAUUGCAAGUAGUCGAUUUCAUAGUCGAACGAUCUUUCAUGAGAAUUUGGUGGCUAUCGAACUGAAAAAAUCAGAAGUAUGCUUUAAUAAACCCCUGUAUAUAGGCACAGCAAUCCUCGAUAUAUCCAAAUUAUGUAUGUACGAUUUUCAUUAUAACUUUAUGCUUCCAACGAUGGGAGAAGAAAACUGUUCAUUGCUGUACAUGGACACAGACAGCUUUAUUUAUGAACUGCAAUGUUCAGAUGCAUAUAGAGAGGUUUUAAAAGUACAUUCAAGCAAAUUCGAUACCUCCGACUACGCCGAAAAUAACCCAUAUGACAUAGAACGAUUAAAUAAAAAAAUCCCUGGAUUAAUGAAGGAUGAGGCAAAUGGGAAAAUAAUUACACAUUUUAUUGGGCUAAGAUCAAAAAUGUACACAUUUAAAAUGCAAAUAACAGACGUGGAGAGGGAAAAAGAAAGACAGCGCCUGGAACGAAAACAACUAAACAAAGAGAGAAUUGAAAGCGACGUAAGCAAUUUGGGAAUAACCAAAAAGGCAAAAGGAGUGAAAUAUAAUGUCGUUCGAAAUAAAAUUACGUACGAAGACUAUGAAAAAUGUCUUAAAGAAUUCAAAAUUCAAAACGCAAGCCAAAGAUGUAUUCGGUCGUAUCAGCAUUCAGUAUUUAGCAUCGAACAGUCCAAAACAGCUCUAAGUCCUUAUGACGACAAGCGGUACUUAAUACCAAAAUCAUUUAAUACGCUUCCGUGGGGGCAUUCUAAUAUUUCGUAA